CCUUUGCACUCCGCGGUCCGACAUAUCGGACAUCGUAGUUUAGGCUAAAAACUCCGCGGUCCGAAAUAUCGGACAUCGCAGUUUAGGCCAUAAACUCCGACGUCCGAUAUGUCGGACCGUUGAUAAGUCGCGUUUACUGGCUACAUAAAUGAUCCAAAUGCACCUAAUUUGCGAUAUACGCAAUCUGGGAUAGUUAUAGAUUAUAACGAUGUACGGUAGUAAACUUUGAUACUCUAUGUUUUUUUUUUUGUAAUGAAUAAUGCAACAUCACUUUCUAUGACGUAUCAGCUGAAGUCAGGAUAUCAGCUGGCUUGUGUAUUGCUUUGUUCGCUGUGAGUUCGUGCUUUGUUUGCUGUGAGUUCGUGUUUCAGAUAACCUCUUUUUCAGUGGAUAAAUCGUUUUCAAUAUAAUUAGUGUUUUAUAUUGUUUAUAAACAGUAUAAAAUAAGUGUUCAGUAUGAGUGAGCUUUCGUCUGACGAGGAGGAAAUGUCUCGGAAACGGGCUUCACCUGUUAGUGAAAACACGCUGAUUAGGAAUGUUGUUGCUAGUGGUAUGGAAUACAUCGGCGAUCUUAGUGAUAGUUUUCUUAGCAAUAUAUCCGACUCAGAUCAAUCUGAUGAUACCGACAGUGAAAUUCUUCCAGGCUAUGAUGAUGACACUGACAAUGAUCCAAACUGGGAGCUAUCAGAAGAGCCUAGCUCAGAUGACGAACACCCUGUUUCUAACCAAAUAAGUUCUAGGCGUGGUCGUAAUAGUCUAUCUAUUGAUGAAACUAUUGCUGAUGUUAUUGCAGGUUCAGGUAGGCCUAAUGAUUUACCUUCUACUAGUAGUUGUGUUGUUGAAGCCUCUGAUAACUUGCCAGAACUAGGCCAUGUAAACAAUAAUGUCAAUAUGCCUAUUUUGAAUACAGUUCAAAAUACGAUUGAAGAUGUAAUUAGAAAUGCUCAGUAUUUGGAAAUGCCUGUUCUAAAUCAGGAUAUCCCUCCAGACUUGGAUCCAAAUAAUCCUGAUUAUAUGGAGUGGACUCCUGCCAAUGAGAAUGAUCCUGGUUUUGACCACAAUAUAGGGUUUUUUGAACAACCCGGACCAAAACACUGUCCACCUCAUGAUGCUAAACCUAUAGAAUACUUUUUCUUGUUCUUUACUAUUCAUAUUUUGACCAAAUUUGUUAGUGAGACCAAUAGGUAUGCCACCCAGUAUAUUGCUACACACGCUCACAGGUUUUCUCCACACUCUAGGGCUCGACAGUGGAGAUCUGUAACGUUGGGUGAAAUGAGAGCUUUUAUAGCUGUUAUAAUGAAUAUGGGACUCAACAGAAAGCCUAAUCUUCAGAGUUAUUGGGCAACUGCUGAUUCACAACAUUGUCCUUGGUAUGGGAAGAUGUUUAGUCGGGCACGAUUUGAAAGCAUACUGCAAUUUUUUCACAUGGUUGACAAUAGCAAAUUGGCUAAGGUUGGAGAGCCUGGUUACGACCCCUGUGCAAAAUUUUUACCUUUACUGGAAACUGUAAACAGACUAUUUAGAUUAUACUACACUCCUCACCGUGAGUUAUCAAUAGACGAGAGUUUAGUGGGGACCAAAUCGCAUUCACAACUACUCCAAUAUUUGCCCAAUAAACACCACCAUAAGUGGGGUGUCAAAAUGUGGAUGCUAUGCGAUUCUGUAUCAAGAUAUUGUUUGGCUUUUUAUUGUUAUAAGGGAUCAAAAAAGAGUGGUGAGAUAACUAAGGGUUUGGCAUUCAAGGUAGUAAAAAAACUGUUGGAAAUUGGCCAAUAUUUGAACAAAGGGUAUCAUGUAUUUAUUGAUAAUUUUUUUACAAGUAUUCCCCUAGCAACCUACUUAUAUGAAAAUCUUACCUUUGUUACUGGGACUGUUAGAAAAAAUAGAAAGGGCAUCCCACCUCAACUAAAAGAAAAAUUUCAAGUCGGACAAAAAACUUAUGUGAGAAAUGACAGCCUUUUAUUCUUAGGGUACCGGGAAAAACAAUCCCAGAAAAAUCCUGUACUCUUGCUGUCAACAAAGCAUACGGCCAAAUCCACCCAAAAAAUAAUAAAAAGAAAAAAUCAAGAAGAUAGAGUGAAGGAAAUACCCGAAAUGAUAGACUCCUACAACCACUUCAUGGGUGGUGUAGAUGGGUCUGACCAAAUGAUCUACUGUUAUUUGGACGAAAGGCGAACCCUCAAAUAUUGGAAGAAGGUCACUUUUCAAUAUUUUUGCAAGGAUGAUACUGAAUGCAUACAUCAUCUACUCUGA